AUGCUGCUUGCUGCCACAGCCUCCUUCCUGGGGCCCCUCCUCACUGCCUGGGCCCUGCUGCCCCUUGCCCAGGGCCAGACCCCCAACUACACCAGACCUGUGUUCCUGUGCGGAGGGGAAGUGACUGGGGAGUCAGGCUACGUGGCAAGUGAGGGUUUCCCCAACCUCUACCCCCCCAAUAAGGAGUGCAUCUGGACAAUAACGGUCCCCAAGGAGCAGACGGUGUCCCUCUCCUUCCGAGUCUUUGACCUGGAGCUGCACCCCGCCUGCCGCUACGAUGCUCUGGAAGUUUUUGCUGGGGUUGGGACCUCGGGCAAGCGGCUCGGGCGCUUCUGCGGGACCUUCCGGCCGGCGCCCGUCGUGGCCCCCGGCAACCAGGUGACCCUGCGGAUGACUGCCGACGAGGGCACGGGAGGACGUGGCUUCCUGCUCUGGUACAGCGGGCGGGCGACCUCGGGCACUGGGCCCCCCCCAGGCGCGAGGCGGAAAUGGGUCACCGACCCGCGGGUGGAAUGGGCGGCCUGGGGUUACUGGGACGAGCACCAAUUUUGCGGGGGGCGGCUAGAGAAGGCCCAGGGAACGCUGACCACGCCCAACUGGCCCGAAUCCGAUUACCCCCCGGGUAUCAGCUGUUCCUGGCACAUCAUCGCGCCCCCGGAGCAGGUGAUCUCGCUGACUUUCGGGAAGUUUGACCUGGAGCCCGACACCUACUGCCGCUACGACUCGGUCAGCGUGUUCAACGGAGCCGUGAGUGAUGACGCGAAGAGGCUGGGGAAGUUCUGCGGCGACAAGGUCCCCAGCCCCAUCUCCUCCGAAGGGAACGAGCUCCUAGUCCAGUUUGUCUCCGACCUCAGCGUCACAGCAGACGGCUUCUCGGCCUCCUACAGGGCCCUGCCUCGGGGCGCCACCGAAGCAGGGCCGGCCCAGAGCCCGGGAGAGGACGCGCGACCUGCCCCUCCACCCAGCUCCAAGCCAGGCGAGGGGUCCAAAGUCAAGCUCCCCACUAAGCCCCGACUCCCACCUGCGGAGAAACCCAAGGCCUCCUCUGAGGCAGAGGAGACCCUGGUGGCCCCCGAUCCAUCCAGCACCUCCUGCUCAAAGCAGUGCCGGCGGACAGGCACCUUGCAGAGCAACUUCUGUGCCAGCAACUUGGUGGUGACAGCAACAGUGAAGUCCAUGGUGCGGGGCCCAGGCGAGGGCCUCACUGUCACCGUCAGUCUCAUUGGUGCUUAUAAAACUGGAGACCUGGACCUGCCUUCUCCACCCACUGAUGCCCCCCUGAAGUUUUACGUGCCCUGCAAGCAGUGCCCCCCCAUGAAGAAAGGGGUCAGUUACCUGUUGAUGGGGCAAGUGGAAGAGAACAGAGGUCCGGUUCUUGCGCCAGAGAGCUUCGUAGUCCUCUACCGACCCAACCAGGACCAGAUCCUCACCAACCUCAGCAAGAGGAGGUGCCCCUCCCAGCCUGUGCAGGCUGCUGGGUCUCAGGCCUGA